AUGAUGCUCCUGCCUCUCUCUAUGCUGAUCAUGUUCACACAGCUCUCAGGGUUCCUGGGAGCAGGAGUGAAGAUGCAUUCCCAGAAAACCAUGGCCAAUGCUUGCACUCUGGUCAUGUGUAACUCCCUGGAGAAUGGCCUGCCUGGUCGCGAUGGACGGGAUGGAAGAGAGGGUCCUCGGGGUGAGAAAGGAGAUCCAGGUUUGCCAGGAGCUAUAGGACAAUCAGGGAUGCCUGGACCACCUGGCUCCAUUGGGCCCAAAGGGGACAAUGGCUCCACUGGAGAACCUGGACCAAAGGGAGAUUCUGGUACACACGGACCUCCAGGACCCCCAGGUGUACCUGGUCCAGCUGGAAAAGAAGGCCCCUCAGGAAGUCAGGGAAACAUAGGACCUCAAGGAAAACCAGGCCCCAAAGGAGAAGCUGGGCCCAAAGGAGAAGUGGGUGCCCCAGGCAAGCAGGGCUUGGCAGGGACUAGAGGUCCCACAGGUUCUAAAGGAGAGCAAGGAGCCCCUGGUGAGCAGGGAGCCCCUGGAAAUGCUGGAGCAGCAGGACCUGCUGGAGCUGUGGGUCCACAAGGACCUCCAGGUGCUAGGGGCCCUCCAGGACUGAAGGGGGACAGAGGUAUUCCUGGGGAUAGAGGUGCCAAGGGAGACAGUGGGCUUCCAGAUGUGGCUGCUUUGCGGCAGCAAGUGGAGGCCUUACAAGGACAAGUACAACACCUCCAGGCUGACUUCUUGCAGCAUAAAAAAGUGGAGCUCUUCCCCAAUGGUCGGGGUGUUGAAAAGAAGAUCUUCAAGACAGGUGGCUUUGAGAAGUCCUUUCAGGAUGUGCAGCAGGUAUGCACACAGGCUGGUGGGCAAGUGGCCUCCCCACGCACUGUGGCUGAGAAUACCGCUGUGCAGCAGCUGGUCACAACCCACAACAAGGCGGCCUUUCUGGGCAUGACUGACACCAAGACAGAGGGCAGGUUCACCUAUCCUACCGGAGAGCCCCUGACCUACUCCAACUGGGCUCCAGGAGAGCCCAACAACAAUGGUGGAGCAGAGAACUGUGUGGAGAUCUUUACCAAUGGCAAGUGGAAUGAUAAGUCCUGUGGAGAACAGCGCCUGGUGGUCUGCGAGUUCUGA